AUGCAGCUGGAGAGCAGUGAAGGACAUGGGAAGAUGCACCACAGAGCCCACCAUCAUCAUCGCCACCACCUUCACCACCACAAGCACGUGGACCAGGAGGCGCAGCUUGAAACUGCCGGUGCAGACCGAGGUGCUGACCUGUCCCAGCCAGCGCUUUCACAAACUGCUACAUCGGCGUAUGGACGCGCAGACCCGUUUCCGGUGGGUAGCUUGCUGUCGGCCCACACGCAUCAUCAGCAACGGGACCACCAUCAGAAAGCGGAUGCAGCGACCACGGACGAAUCUGACACCGAAGCCUGUCAGGAGGAGGUGGACAUCCACCAGCCGCAGCACCUGCUGGAAGCCUUGAGGCGCUGCUUGGAAGCGAGGAAAGAGCUCUCCGUGAAGACGCAGGAGCUACUGAAGGAAGAGAAGGAGGGUGGCAAGGUUUACGCCACGGAGGUUACUGGGAUCAUGGACCUGAUCAAGAAGGUGCAGGAUGCAGACAGGAUGGACGGUCCGUGGAAUGAGGACCACAAGCAGGUCCUGCAGCAGCUGCUGGAGCAGACGGGCGAAGCAGAGAAAGAAGCGCAGGCCGUUUGGCAAGACCACGACGGCCACCACGACUCCGACGGGCACGCCCACGGGGGCGAGGGUUCCAAGAUGACCCGAAACUCGGAGUACUCGGAGUUCAUGGCCUUGUGGGGUGUGCAGUGCAUGACGGCGGAUCCGAACGCGAAGCGAGAGCCAGGGGAGGAAGCAGGCCGGCUCGCGCCUGAUGGCAGUCCUGACAGCUUGGAGCACUAUCAGUCGCGGUACUCCCAGCCGAAUCAGGCGAAAUGUGCUUUCGAGCCCUUCGCAGUGCCGGAAUGCCACACAGCCCCCUAUGUCCAGGCCCCACUUGGCCUCUUCGAUGAUUUCUUGGUGCCAACUCCCCCUGUGCUCCCGACCCGCAAGGAGGCCCCCAAGCAGCCAGAGGUCCACCCUCCAGGUGCUCCCCGAGCGGCCGGACCAGCAGCCCGAGCUCGGGCAGUGUCGGCCCCGGCGAUCCUCCACGACAGGAAGAUUUUCUGCCAGGUUUGUCAGAAGGUCGCCCUGGGCAUCCGGUGGUUGACAUGCCCAGGCUGCAAGAACUCGAAGAAACCACCCGAUUUACCGCAACUCUGCUCGGGCCAUCGACGGAGCAACGCCUUCGUCGGCUGCGAGUAUGCACGUCGGGGUGAGUGCAAUAAUGGCAAGUGCCAGAGUUGCCACUGCCAGACGCAGCAGAAAGCGCCCGGCAAGCCGCUGAGUCAGCGCCGGCACAAGCGCAAAGCUUCGAAAGGGCAAGCGGGCUGUAUUUCGUCGAAUGGUCGGUUCAGGGGCAGGAACUUGGGUCGGCGGGCCACGCUCAAUGCACCGCCGACCAGCUCCGAAAUGCGUAGCCUCGACCUUUCCGACUGCAACGCUCGAGUUUUUUCUACAGUCUGA